GAUAAGAUACGAUCAACUAAGACAUGCAUGCCCUACGCCAGUACAAUAAUAUAACUUUGAAUAGUGGGAAUUAUUUCUCUUUCGCAAGGCUGUCUCAAUUCUUAUUACGAGAGUACUGCGUUCCCUUUGCCGCCGGGUCUGCCUGCCUCAACCACGGCGCAGUUCAUUGGUCUACAAUCCAUACAAUCCAAUUACGCAAUGAGGCGUUGAGUUUGAGUUGCGUUGGGAGGUUGCGACUGUGCCUUGCCUUGUACCGCACUUCCAUGACUUUGACUUACCUCGCCUGCAAGCCUGAACCUUAUUAGGAGCGCGGCCUCGUUGCACUGCUCCGUUGCAGUCACCCAUCAUCCACUCCCAUUCCUUCUCCCCUUCUUAUUCUCUUCCCCCCUCUAUUUCUUUUCUUCUCAUCUUCAUCUUUUUUUUAUAAUCUGCCUUCCGUACACGGUAUCGAAGACGGAAAGUUACCUAGGUAAUUUACAGGGCAUUUAUGUCCCUACCAAUAGGCAGACGGCUUUAAAACAUGCCUGUUCCCGUUAUGGCUAAGGUCGGCGUUGUCGCCCUUACGGUUGCCGUCGCAGCUGCUGUAGCAGUCUACGAGUCACCUGAACUGCAGCGCAUGGCAAGCGACCUCCGACGUCGAAUUGCCAUCGCACUCCACGCUCUCGGCGAUAGUAUUACACCCGCAGAACGAGAAAACCUUUUCAACAGGCCCGAGGAUGCCGAAGGAUUUUUACGAUCUCGAGGUUUUGGUGCCGAAGGAGAACCGGGUGUUGAUGCUGACGAUGAAACCCGUCGAAGACAACGAGAAGAGAUAAUGUACUGGAAUGCCGUGCGCGAGGAAAAGAAAGAAAAGGAACGCAGAGACCCAGAGAAAACAGACGCUUCGCGCCGGCGGCCUUCGACGAGAGGUUCGAGUUUCGAUGACUUCAUGCAGCAGGAUAACGCCGCCGAGAAGGGUGCCUUUGUUUUUCAAUCGGGAUCAGAGCCUCAAAAUACCGAUGGUCUACUUCGCCGACGUGGAGAAGGGGCUCGAGGUCUCGCCCAGUCUGUCUAUACGAAUCCUUUUACUGAUGAGCACGGAAUCGACGAACACAUUGCUUUCGAGAACAGCUUAGUAGAUCCCGAAAAAGAUGAAAUGGAGUCGGAUAUUUACAGCGCUAGCACACAAUUGGGCGUCAAGAGCGAAACUUCAGAACUUGCUAUUCUAUCACCAACUCCUACUGACGUUAUCCCGCCGUUAAUCAGCAUUGAGAACCAGACGCCGGCUACGCAAGCACAACCUGCCCAAACAUCCGAACGAGAAUUAGGCCCUGACGAAUUCAUGACUGCUGGACAAGAUGACAGAAACGAUGCGUAUAGUUCCAUCCAGGCGUGGGCUCACGACGCUUCAACCGCUAGCUUCUAUUCGCCACUACCAGUAUCACCCGCUGCGCCUCUGUCGGAUGCUGAGUUCUUGAGCGAAGGUGUUUUGACCCCAACAGACUCCGCUUCGCUAGCAGGCUCAGGUGAGGAUGUUGGAGACGAUGCUGUAUCUGCCAGAUCAUGGACUGAGGGCCGACAUUACGAUGUUAUGAGUGAUGACGAGGGCAUGAUGACUCCUGCAAGCUGGACUGAAGUCGGAAGCGUUGUAAGCGAAAGUGACGCUGGCGUAGCGCAUGCAGCACAGCACUAAGGACAUAUCUUUCGUCUAUUGUUUCGCAUAUUCUCAUGGCAUGGCGUAUUUAGGUAAGGGAUUCGGACAUUCAAAGGGUAAUGGAUUCAAUAUGGAGAGAUGGAUUAGGCAUCCUCGAUUAUCGAGCUUUGAUUUGUUUUGAUGAUAGAAAGUUUGGGUUCUAAGAUGUAGUAUUGCGCACUAAAUGGGUAUCUACGGCUCGUCUCAGAUAAAAUGAAAAAAGCAUCCCGCCAACU